GAGCGCGCGAGGCAGUGCAGGCAGGAGCCAAGACCACUAGAUCUACGCGGCUUACGCGACUUACAGACUUAAGCCGGCUAGCAGUCCGUCGGCUCAAGCAGCUAAGCCUUGCGAAACCCACCUCUAUACGGACCUCCACACCUACAACGCGUUACACCCGCCUAGACCCGGGCCACCUACUUCCUAGAGCUACCGGCAACCCACUUCCUGGACGCCUCCUGCGGCCUACUUGUUUGCAACUUACGUACCUAGUUAUUUACUCGCGCGUUUCAUCGGAUACUCGCCUCCGUCGAUAACAGUGUUAACGCCAACAGUGAAAUUUUAUACGCCGGUGUGUCACGCGCGAACGUUGGGGAUUUUUUUAUAAAUUUCCGUUCGGUGGAUUGUACGAUACGCGCAGCGAAAGAGUUUUGGCGGAAAUCGUCGGGGUGACUUGUCGUUUGGGGGGAAGCCUCUCGACGUUUGUACCCGCGGCAUAUUCUUCGGUCCCUCCACCCCCUCCUUGGCAAACCUCCCUUCCUCACUCCCUACCCUUCAUCCCUCGCACUCGCGACGUUCCCUCCACCGCGUCGGUGACUGUGCAAAUCCGACACGCCACGUGGACGAUUAUUUGCAAGUUGGACGGAAUCGUCGACGCCGAGUUCUCUCGCUCUCCCCCGCCCCCGACGGCGGUUUGGUUUCAACGAGAAACGGCGGAUAUCGUCGCGCGCGCGAGAACGGGAACGAGAUCGGACCGCGCGACUUGUACUUUGUACACACCUGUGAUGAUUGACCCCGGAUCUUUGCAGUGAGCAUCGCCGUCUUUGGUGUUGGACGCGCGGUUGCAGUGUGUCACGCCAGGAUAUGUAACGGUAGUGCGACCUCCACACCCCCACCAUCGCCGAAACCACCACCACCACCCUGAGGAGCAAAAGGAAACGCGUCAUCGGGUGUUAGUGCUGAGAUUUAGUAUAUACAUGGUGACCGGAUGCUACGGGGAGUGCAGAUAACCCGGCCUAUGACUGUGCCUAGGUUGAGGCUGAUGUUACGCAACGAUUAUUUACACCCUUCGAUACGCGGACGACGUCUUUUUGCAGUGUCGUUUUAUUUAUCAAUUAUUCUCUCUCGCCACGCGAGCCUGUAAAUCACGGAAGCAAGUGCGGUGCCCGAUUCUGAGAUUACCGAGUUUAGAGUGAAAAUCAGCCGACUGACAACGUGCAAGUACAUCGGCAAUUCCGAAUUCGUACGAAUUUGGAAACUCGUGCGAAUAUCAAGCUACACGCGUAGAUAUGUCGGACAGUGUGUUAAGACAGUGUGGCUAAAUAAGUAUAUCGCGAUAUAUGCUUGUCACCUAUAAAUAUAUAUAUAUAACGUAUAUAUAUAUAUAUAUAUAUAAACAUAUAUAUUUACACGUAUCAACACGCGUCGCUGGACGAGAUUGGACGAGAGAUCUUCGCGUGCUUACGUGCGCGCGACAGCCGGUUCAGGCAAUAUAAUAUAUCGAUACCGGCUGUUGGUUGUUUUUUAUUUUAAUUUGGUUCCGUUUUUUUUUUUUUUUUUUUUUGUUUUCAUCAUUAUCUUUACUUAAUUUAUUCCUCCUACCGUUCGAUAUUUCUUUCGAAUGAUUUGCUUUCGUCAGUGUAAUAGUGCAGUAUCGUUACACAUGUUUUACAACGUCUCGAAGAUACCGAGAUCAGUCGGGUUGCGCUGUUGUUUUAACAAACUGUGGUAAAGCCGCGCCUUUACAGAAGCGGCCCGACAAGAAUAUCGGGGUGUGGAGGAAAUUCUCGUCGAUAGAAAUAUACGCAUCGACGAGCGUAAUAGGUAUAAAAGAUAAAUCGCAUCGUUGCAAGAGGCAAACGUAAGGAACUACGCGGCAGUGAAGUGAGGCUAGUGGAACACCCCGGGUGUUCAUUCACAGCAACACGACGCUCACGUUCUACAGCAUGGAGCGGGGUGGAGGCGGAGGAGGCCUCGAUCUCGCGGGGGGCGGGGGAGGGAACUCGGACCUCUGCCUCCAGGACCUCGUAACGGGAUCGGCGACGGGACUCUCGGUACAGCAUCAUCAGCAUGCCGCCGCCGCCGCCUCCAUGGCCGGACUCCACGGGGACCAUCUCCAGGGGACGAUGCAUCACCACGACCUCCAUUCUACCGGGCAUCACGGAUCCUCCAUGCACCAUCACCCCUCGGCUUCCCACCAACUCCAUCACGAACCAUUGGAGAAACUUAAACGUGUGUGGGCGGAGGGCGACUUCCGGGACAGCAACAACGGGGCCCUGACCGGACUAGACUCCAGCGGUCACGGAGCGCACACACCGGGUGGCAGCACCCCGAGCACCCCUGGUGCUACACCCACGACACCGUCGGGAGGCUUUUCCUCGGCGCAGCCAAGGAAUCGUUCCAACAACACGCACAGGCCGGAUAUACGGAAAGGUGUCCGAACGCCGACGGAAGUUAAACACGAGCUUGGAUCGGCCGGUGGGGUUGUUUCGCCCGGAGGAGGUGUCGGGGUCAACGAUGCCGAGGACAAGGAUGGGAAGAAGAGCAAAAGACAGAGGAGGCAACGGACGCAUUUUACCUCGCAGCAACUGCAGGAGCUCGAAGCCACUUUUGCAAGGAAUCGUUAUCCCGACAUGUCGACAAGGGAGGAAAUCGCCAUGUGGACGAACCUCACGGAAGCUCGUGUCAGGGUGUGGUUCAAGAACAGACGAGCGAAGUGGCGCAAGCGGGAACGCAACGCGAUGAACGCCGCCGCGGCCGCGGCCGCGGACUUCAAGUCCGGCUUCGGUACCGCCAGUCUGAACGGCUUCAUGACCCAGCCCUUUCCCGACGCCGACGCCCUCUACAGUUCGUACAGUUCCUACAACAACUGGGCGGCCAAGGUGCCCUCACCCCUCAGCAGCAAGAGCUUUCCGUGGCCCGUGAACCCCUUGGGUUCGGUCGUACCGACGGCCUCCCACCACCACCAUCACGCCCAGGUCAGCCCGGUGAACUGCUUCAACGCCGCGGCGACGUCCGUCGCCGGAAGCCACGUGGGCGGAAUGUCCGUGUCGGUGGGUCAGGCGGCGACCUCGAUGCUUCCGGGGAUGGGCUCGGGCCUGGGGGUCGCCGGCUCGCCGGUCGCUGCCUCGGGGGCGGCGUGCCCCUACGCGGCGCCGGCCGCGCCCCACCCCUACGGACCCCCGGUCUACACGCCGCACCACAGGACGGCGGCGGCGCCGGAAACGUGCAACGUCAUGUCGAGCAGCAUCGCUUCGCUGCGGCUCAAGGCGAAGCAGCACAGCAGCGGUUUCAGCGGGAGUCCGUACAGCACGGGAGGUACGACUGGGACCACCGGGGGCAGCAUCAGCCCCGUAAGCUCGAGGGCCUCGUCGGUCGGGGGCCUCAGCGCCUGCCAGUACGCCCUGACGACGGGUACCAACCCCCACUCGCCGGGACCCGAACACGGGAACGCGACGGCCAGGGCCCAGGUCUGAGGCGAGGCGGGGGCUGCGUCGAGCCCCCACCAGACACCCGCGACGGCCGUAUCGCAGGCCGGAGGAACCGGCGUAGCCCACGGGAGCAACGGGGGCAAGGGUCACCAGCUUCAGACCGAGUGACCCAGGCCCCGGUCCGCCGCCUCGCCCGCCCUGUCGUCGACGCCAUCGUCGACGGCAUCGCCCUCGCCGUAUCUUCUCUACGACGAGGAACCCUCGGCGGCGGACCCCAGGGCCUUUCAGGACGACGGACGCACCCCCGCGGGAG